CCAUACACGGCCAACAAUCAAGCCGUGGGUAACCGUUUUCCCUUCCCUAUCCCGUUCAUAUGGUGCGUUGACUUCCUCCGUCGCCGUUAAAGCGGAGCUAUCAUGGCGGAGCGCGUACAGCAGCCCCCAGCCAAGCGGCUCUGCUGUAGACCGGGCUACAAUGCAACAUGUAGGCAAGGCCAGCGGGCCGCGUGGGCGCCGUGCGGCGGCUCGGCAGCCACCCAGGGCGAAUCGAGCAAAACCCAGAGCCCGGAGUCUCUUCUGGACAUCGCGGCGAGGAAAGUCGCGGAAAAGUGGCCGUUUCAAAGGGUAGAGGAGCGUUUCGAGCGGAUCCCGGAGCCCGUUCAGAGACGGAUCGUGUACUGGUCUUUCCCGAGGAGCGAACGGGAGAUCUGUAUGUACUCGUCGUUCAACACGGGCGGAGAGGAGAUCGGGAGUAGCGGGGACAGCGGCGACGACACGCGGCUGCCGUUCCGACGGGGCAUCGGUCUGCUGGAGAGCGGCUGCGUGGACAACGUACUGCAAGUCGGGUUUCACCUCAGCGGCACAGUCAGGGAACCCGCCACGUCCUCGGAGCCCGAGCUCGUCUGCAACGUGAGCGUCAGCUUCGACCGCUGCAAAAUCACGGCAGUGACGUGCAGCUGUGGCAACAAGGACAUCUUCUACUGCGCCCACGUUGUGGCGCUCUCGCUGUACCGGGUACGGAAGCCCGAGCAGGUCAAACUGCGCCUGCCCAUUUCAGAGACUCUUUUCCAAAUGAACAGAGAUCAGCUGCAGAAGUUCGUUCAGUACCUGAUCACGGUGCAUCACACCGAGGUGCUGCCGACCGCACAGAAACUGGCAGAUGAGAUACUGUCGCAGAACUCGGAGAUCAACCAGGUUCACGGAGCUCCAGACCCGACGGCGGGGGCCAGCGUGGACGAUGAGAACUGCUGGCACCUGGACGAGGAGCAAGUUCAGGAACAGGUGAAGCUCUUUCUCUCCCAGGGCGGGUACCAUGGCUCAGGGAAGCAGCUCAACCUCCUGUUCAGCAAGGUGAGAGAGAUGCUGAAGAUGAGGGACUCCAACGGAGCUCGCAUGUUAACGCUGAUCACAGAGCAGUUCAUGGGCGACCCCAGACUGGUGCUGUGGAGGCAACAGGGAACCACCAUGACUGACAAGUACAGGCAGCUGUGGGAUGAACUAGGGGCCCUGUGGAUGUGCAUUGUGUUGAACCCCCACUGUAAACCCGAGCAGAAAGGUUUCUGGCUUCGACAGCUUCGCAGGUGGAACAACGUGGACGUCUGCCCCUUGGAGGACGGUAACCAUGGCAGCGAGCUGACCAAUCUGACCAACGCUCUGCCCCAGGGCCCUCCCGGCAACCCAGAUUCACUGACUCGGCCUCACCGGACUGUGUUCACGCGAGCCAUCGAGGCCUGCGACCUGCACUGGCAGGACCCCCACCUGCAACACAUCAUCACCGAGGACCACUACGCCAACUACUGUUACCAUGACAACCUGGACAGCUCCCUCUUCGACGCCCGAGGGUGGCCCCUGUGGCACGAGCACGUCCCCACCGCCUGUGCACGGGUAGACGCCCUGAGAUCACACGGUUACCCCAAGGAAGCGCUCAGGCUGGCCAUCGCCAUCGUCAACACGCUGAGGAGGCAACAGCAGAAACAGCUGGACUUCUUCCGCACUCAUAAAAAAGAGCUGCUCCAUAAAGGCAUAACAUCAGUGACCAACCUGGAGGGCUGGGUGGGCCACCCUCUGGACCCCAUCGGGACUCUGUUCAGCACCCUGAUGGAGACGGGGCAGGGCAGCGAGGACGGAGCCACGGUCCUGCUCGACUUCUCAGGUAAACACCGACACACAACACAGGAGGAACAUCCUGUCUUCCCGGCGCAGCGUUUCCUGGAGGAGGGGGAGUCGUUCGUGUCGCUGGCUGCGGAGACGGCUCUGAUUGGUUUGGGCCAACAGAGGGUGAUGCCAGACGGCCUCUACGCCCAGGAGAAAGUGUGUCGCAACGAAGAGCAGCUAUUGGCCAAGCUCCAAGAAGUCAAUUUAGACGACUCGUUGGUGAAGAUCUUCCGGAAGCAAGCGGUUUACCUGCUAGAGGCUGGUCCUUACAGUGGUCUGGGAGAGUUGCUCUACAGAGAAAGCGUCCCCAUGCACACUUUUGCCAAGUAUCUGUUCACCUCGCUGCUACCUCACGACGCUGAACUGGCGUACAAAAUUGCACUGAGGGCCAUGAGGUUGCCGGUCCUGGAGUCCACGGCCCCCUCCGCUGACUUGUCCCGGCCUCACCAUAUAGUGUCGGUGGUGCCCAACCGCUACCCUCGCUGGUUCACUCUCAGCCACAUAGAGACCCAACAGUGUGAACUGGCCUCCACCAUGCUCACUGCUGCUAAAGGCGACGCUCGUAAGCUGCAAACAGUGUUAGAAUCCAUCCAGAAGAACAUCCACUCCUCAUCCCACAUCUUCAAACUGGCCCAGGAUGCCUUCAAAAUCGCCACUCUCAUGGACAGCCUGCCGGACAUCACACUGCUCAAAGUCUCCCUGGAGCUGGGCCUUCAGGUGAUGAGAAUGACCCUGUCCACCCUGAACUGGCGGAGGAGGGAGAUGGUGCGAUGGCUCGUCACUUGUGCCACUGAAGUCGGUGUGUUUGCACUGGACAGCAUCAUGCAGAGCUGGUUCACCCUCUUCACCCCCACCGAAGCCACCAGCGUCGUGGCGAGCACAGUCAUGUCCAACAGCACCAUCGUCCGCCUGCAUCUGGACUGCCAUCAGCAGGAGAACCUGGCCAACUCCGCCCGCACCCUGGCCCUGCAGUGUGCCAUGAAGGACCCCCAAAACUGUGCCCUGGCAGCCCUGACGCUCUGCGAGAAGGACCACAUUGCCUUCGAGACAGCCUAUCAGAUUGUACUGGACGCAGCCGCCACAGGCAUGAACUACACACAGCUGUUUACAAUAGCACGCUACAUGGAGCACCGCGGUUAUCCUAUGAGGGCGUACAAACUAGCAACGUUAGCCAUGACUCACCUGAACCUCAGCUACAACCAAGACACGCACCCGGCCAUCAACGACGUGCUGUGGGCGUGUGCGCUCAGCCACUCGCUGGGGAAAAACGAACUGGCAGCGGUCAUCCCCCUGGUGGUGAAGAGCGUGAAGUGUGCCACCGUCUUGUCGGACAUUUUACGGCGGUGCACGUUAACGACGCCGGGCAUGGUGGCGCUGCACAGUCGCAGGAACUCUGGGAAGCUGAUGUCUCUGGACAAGGCUCCACUCAGGCAGCUACUGGACGCCACGAUCGGGGCCUACAUCAACACGACGCACUCCCGGCUCACGCACAUCAGCCCGCGCCACUACAGCGAGUUCAUCGAGUUCCUCAGUAAAGCCAGAGAGACGUUUCUCAUGGCGCACGACGGACACAUCCAGUUCACACAGUUCAUAGACAACCUGAAACAGAUUUACAAGGGCAAGAAGAAACUCAUGAUGCUCGUUCGAGAGAGAUUUGGUUGACAGAGGAACGACAGACCAAGCUGCCCUUCUUUUUCUAACUUGAGUCUCCCUGUUUAUCCUUUUUAACUUGAAGUGAAAAUCCACUUAAAACAACAUUCACACAAAUCUUAUUCCUACGAUUUGGGACCGCUGGGUCUAAUGUGAUGAUGAACUGAAGGGGUGUAUUAAGGGGUGAGUUAAAACCGGCAACUGGUUUUUAAAAACUGGCUGAAAAAGUGUCAGUAAGGUUCUGGUGCAACGUAAUCUCGUUCCUAAUACGUACCUGACGUAGAAGGAAUGACAAUAAAGUUCUCUGAAUUUGAAUGAAUCUGAAAAUAAAAACGCCUGCAAGCUGACUCCACCAAACAAAAUGUACUGAAAAGACGUUUUCAUCCCAGUCGGAUCUUUGUCAGGUCUCAGUGCUUAAAAAUGGGUAAACACCCAUAUAUAUGAUAACAUAUAUUACACAAUAUCAUAUAUGAUAAGCAUCUUAAUGCAAUUAACAAUGCAAGAAAGUAAACGUGUAGAAGAACAAAGGCAUCAAAACCAACAAAACAUGGAAAAAUAAAGUUACAAGCUAGAAAAAGUGGAUGUUAGGCUUUAGUGACUUUCCCAACAUUUUGCUAAGUUAUAUGACAGUAUUUGUAAAUAAUAAUAAUAAUAGUGAUAAUAAUAAAUUAAUUUUGAAAGUAGAAGUCAAUGUCCAGUUACUUCAAAGUCUUGCUGGGACUAAGUGUUUCCGACCUACAUCAUGCUGUAGCACUGUAGAUAAAGUUACAGGAUGUUAACGGCGUAAAAUCAUUUCUACCUCCACGUAAUUCUUCUGUCUGUUUUAAGUAAGAAAUUAAUUUUAAUUUUCCUUUUCCAUCAUUAAAGGAAAACAUGAAUCUUACGUCUUUCACAUCACUUCAAUCUGAACAUACAAACUGUAUUUUCCAUCUGAUGAUUGAAAUAAAUCUAAGUUUGAGUGCUGACCUGACAAAUUUCCAACUAAGAUUGAAACGUUUUGUGACUCGGACUCAGUGUGCAGGCUUUUUUUUUAAUGUGUUAAAAAACACGAUUUCCUGAAGGCAGAUAAUUAGACUUUUUUCUAUCCGAUUCGAGCGUUAGCACAGAUCCGUGGUUGAUUUCAGCUGUGGAAUAUUACGGACAGCCCAUCGUGAUCGGAAUGAGACAUGAAAUAUGUUUUAAGGUCAAUUUUCUCCUGAAACUGACAAGUUUAAAAUCAAAGAGAGAAGAAAAAAGACUAAACUCUAAAAGCGUCACCUGGUAUUGAUGUGUAUAAAAACCAUUAAGUUUGCAGAAGCAUAGAAGUGUCAAAUCGUGGAAGUUUGUGUGUUUCCCUUUACAUGUAUGAAAGCGGGAGAGUAAGAGUUUUACACUGAGUAUAUACUGUAUCGUCCAGUGGCUAAAUGUCCACCUUGCACUCCUCCUACUUCCCUCAGCUAACGUUCACAGCCUCAAAGAGAAAACAAGCGGCUUUAAACCAAAUGGAGCAACUCCAUCUGAAGUGACGAGUACCUCUUUUAAAGGAUCCAGCUUUACUCCUCCCCCUCGCCCAGUCCUCGCCCAGUCCUCACCCAGUCUUCGCCCAGUCCUCGCCCAGUCCUCGCCCAGUCUUCGCCUAUCUGCUCAAACAGAGUGAAAGGAAAAACUCCAACUCAACGAUCAGAAUUCAUUCACUGGGUCGAUAUUUGUUUGUGCCGUCUUCAGGCUGACUGUUCUGGCUUUGCAGUGUUGUCUCAAACGUUGUUUUACAGACACAUUUGUCACGGAAACACAACAACGAACUGUCGCAGUGCUUGCUCUUGUGGAAACUUUGCAACUGUCAACAUACAUUCUCAGGGAUUUCUCUAAAAAAAAAAAAAAAAAAGAAAAGAGAAAGAAAGCAGACAAAAAAGAGAACAAAAGCAUUUUAUCGUCUUGUAUAUAUGAAAGUAUAUGUCUGAAUAUGAAAAAAUGUAUAUGUUAACUAAUUUAUGACAAAAUAUUCUAUGUAAGGCACAAUACUUGAAGCUGCAGUACUUUUGGUUUUUGAAACAAGAAAAAAAAAACAUAUCAGAAGGACUUCAACACGUUCGCCUUGCAUUGCAUCAGGGGC